UACAUGCAAACUUGAAUGGCGCGCCGGCCGGGACAGCUGUUCGCUACACGGCCGAAAAUCAGAUUUUCUCUCAUAAUCUGCUGUAGAGAGCAUUGGAAAUCGCUCGGAUUUUCAGGUUUAAAGGAAACUGGAUUUCAUACCCUACCUCGACCUAGCUGUCGUGGGAGCUGGCAUGUGUCAGUAGCGUUGAAAUCGCUUAGAUUUGUGUGAACCAAAAUAUUCACAAAUUGCACGUAGGCCUAUGGACGGUGCAUUUGCAGCCGACAACCAACCAGACAGCAUCGUGAACAUAGACAGGCUAGGCGGAGCUGAUGAGGGCCCUACAUGUAUGUGCGCUGAUUGAGGUAGCGAAUUUGUAGCGGUUUAUUUUACAACCUUCAGUUCUAAUUCUAUGGGAAUCAUCACAAUAGCUGCUUUGCAUCAUGGAGGGAAAUGUAGAGCCUGAUGACACAGCCAGCAAACGGCAGAGCCUCCAAUCAGUGGCUUACACCUGGAAGGGGUUUCUCAGCAACACCUCCCCAUAUACCUACCCCAACCUGAGCGCCAAGAAUGUGAUCAAGGUCUCUCUGGGAAGUAGGCACUCUGCCUUCCUGACUGAUCAGCAUGCCGUCUACUGCUACGGUUCUGGGGAGCUCGGCCAACUGGGCCACAAGAAGUUCUCCGAUGUCACCAAGCAGCCUGUACUUGUCCAAGAUUUGAAAGGGGAGAACGUCAUCGAUGUGGUGUGUGGGAGCAACCACACGGCAGUUCUGUGUUCAGAUGGCAUUGUCUUCUGCUGGGGAGACUCCAGCAGUGGCCAGUGUGGGAUUGGACAGAUAGAGAAGACCAACUCGCCCCAGCAGGUGCAGAUCAGCGACACAGAUUCCGAUCCAAUCAUCACACAGAUCUCAUGUGGAGACUCACACACCUUGGCCUUAUCCAGCAGUGCCGAGAUAUGGGCCUGGGGAACAGGUCCGCAGCUGGGACUUGGGACGGGAUCAACGCCUGUCCCGACCCCACGAAAGGUGCAAGGCCUGGUGGGGAGAAAGGUGCUGCAGAUAUCGUGUGGUUCAAACCACAGCCUGGCUGUGGUGCAGAAAGCACGCACCUCCAAGCUGAGCGGCGGCAGGCAGAGAGACAUGGAUGAGGAAAGUUCUGGAACCAGUAGUCUCCAGAUGACGGAUGAAAUUUACUCCCUCCACGAAGAAGGGGACAUUGUCAUCAUAACGGACACGAGAACCGCAAGCAGCUCUGUCGAAGAGAUUCCCUCAAUGAGAAGCUUUUCACCGGACAGUAUUGAUGUUGCAGCAAGACGACCAGCUCAAAAGGAUGCACCUGCCAAAAGCGAUUCGGAGGAUUCCAACAACAGCCAAGGCACGUACACUGUGGAUGAAGACAAGGAAAAAGAAGCAGAAGCUGGACAAAGUGAGUCUGUGGUCAAUGGGGAGGUUUUCCAUGAUCAGCCAGAUAGUGUCAGCACCCCGACUUCAACAAUUCGGCCAGAACGAAGACUGACAUUCACUGAAUCCUUCGACAGUGCUUCUGCCAAGAAGUACCUGGCGCAGCAGCUGAAGCCCCUGCAGCUCGCAGAGCCACCCAAGCCAGUCAAGACAUCCCCAAAAGACCGCAUUCUUGCCAGCCUCCCACAAGCCGUGUCCUCGAAAAUCAGCAAGCUGAUGAGCCCCCUCAGCCUGAGGUCGAAAUUUAGUCUGACGGAGUGCGGCGAGCAAGAGGACACAGAGGUUGAGGAGCUGAUGAUGAGCGGGGUUUCCCAGCAUGAACUUGGCAAAAGCUCUGGUGUCAGGUUCUCGCUAGAGGGUCCUCUGGAUGACUCAACAUUACAGACUGAAGUGUGGAGCUGGGGCAAGGGGGCAAAUGGGCAGCUUGGCCAGGGAGACCCUCUUGACAAAGCACAACCCCUGGUCAUCAAGCAGUUGACUGGUAAGGGUGUGGUCCGCGUGAUAGCUGGACCGAACCAUUCCAUGGCCAUAGCAAGCAGCGGUCAGGCAUUCUCCUGGGGUUGCAACUCUGACGGUCAGCUGGGACACAAUGGUCAGCUGGUUCCAAAAAGGAUCAAGAUGCCUAAUAAUGCUUUAGUAUGGGAUGCUGCUGCUGGCAGUACCCACACUCUCCUGUUAGCAGAUGGGAACAGCUUCCAGCCCGACAUAUACUAUCUGGGAAAACAACCAAGUCUCCAAGAAUUAAAGAACGAGGGGCGUACUGGCACACCGGAGAACAGCCCCCUGAAGGAGAGUAAAGAAGCCAGUAAGAAGCGGCCGAUGUCUAGCAUUGCCAAGGGACCAACAGUCAAAUAUGCAGCAAGAGCCAAACAGCCAGAAAAGCUUCCCUUCAUUAGAAAGUGUGGUUGGGCCCAGUUUGUAGCAGCUGCGUCUGACCUGUGUGCAUGCAUCACAGACAAGAAUGCCUCCGGCUUUACGGCCAUUCUCCAUGAGCUGGCUGCCUCUGAGAGACUCUUGCACUACCAGCUCACCACAACGCGGUCCACUAUCAUCAAGGCCCUCAGCAGUCCAGACAUGAACAAAGUACUAGAAGGAACCAUCUACCAGCAGCCAUUCCGACAAAUCGUUGACCUCUUUUCGUUACUCGGCACGACCGUGGCCCACAAUUCCAUCGGCCUGAUGGCAGCCGUACAACGGAGCCGUGACCUUGUUGAACUGGCCAUGUUGAAGAGUGGAGCCGAGUACCGGGCCGUCUUUGAACAGUACGCUGUCUAUGUCUGCAACUUUGUAACUGUCGGCGGAUUCACUCACAUGGGAAAAAUUGGAAGUGAUGCGCUCUCCAAGCACGAGGCAGUCUUCACGGAGCUCUUGAACGAGGAGAAACCAGCAAGUUACGGCACUCCGCUGAGGAAUCUGAUGAAACUCCCCCUGGAUAGGGUCAAGUGCUACGCCUACCUGCUGGGCAAGCUCAAGGAUUACUAUGCCCAGGGAAGCACAGAGUUCAAUCUCCUAAAGGAAAGCAGUGAAUCGUGGGAGGCAUUGCAGCGCAGCAUUGACGAGAAGAAAGCCCAUGCUGAAGAGACCAGGGCGUUCUGGGAAUCCUGCCCAUCCAAACUGGCUGAAGCCAUCAAGCAGCCUGACCGUCGCCUCCUGAGAGAUUCCCGCACCAAGUCCCUGACGCUCCUGAACGCUGGUAGACUGUCUCAGCACUGGUUCCUUCUGUUUGCCGAUAUCUUCGUCCAUGCACAGACUGAGGGCAAGCCUGGAAACAUAGAAAAGUUUACGACUCACCAGGCCUUCCCGUUGGCUCUCAUCUGGGCUGAACCAGGCCAGCAGGCAGACCAGAACACUAUCCAGCUGACGAUGCCAGAAACCUCCCUCACCCUCCAAGCCCCGACGCCGGCAGAGAAGGCCGAGUGGCUGUGGUCUGUCAACCAGGCCAUCGACGCCGUUCUGACCAAUCAGAAGCCAGGGUGUGUCUCUCCGGCCGCCGUGCCCGCAGGCCAGAAGAUCCCACCCAAACUGACCAGGCAGGGACGUUACUUGUUCCUGGGACAACCCAAGUUCAAGGAUGCGGUGUAUGAGGGGACGUGGCAUUUGGGAAAACCCCAUGGAAAAGGCACUUUACAGUGGCCAGAUGGAAGGAAGUACUCUGGUCAGUUUGUGCAAGGGCAACAGCAUGGAUAUGGUGUGUAUACAACUCCCAGUACUGAGAAGGGCAUAAAGGCACAGGUGUAUGAGGGCGAAUGGCAGGAGAGUUGUAUGAGUGGCUAUGGCACCCUAAGGUAUUCCAACGGAGAUAUUUACCAGGGCGAUUUCAACGACGGCAUGCGUCACGGGCACGGCAUCAUCCACAGCAGCACGGGCAACCUGUACAUCGGGGAGUGGCACAACGACCGUCGCCACGGCUACGGAAUCAUGGAGGAGAGGCUGCGGGGAGAGAAGUACAUGGGCAAGUGGGAGAACGACUGUCGGCACGGCAACGGGAUGGUCAUCACGAUGGCCGGCUUGUACUACGAGGGCCUCUUCACGCAGAACAAACUGAUGGGUGUCGGCAUCCUUCUUACUGAGGAUGGCACUGUGUACGAAGGAGAGCUGACUACUGGUCCUACGCUUAGCGGCAAGGGACUUUUGAUGUUACCCUCCGGAGACUUCUUCGAUGGUACUUUCAGCGGCCUAUGGGGCGAUGGCGUCAAGGUCAACGGAACGUUCAGUAAAGCUGCCGACUCGACUCCCAACAGCACUAAACAAGCCAGUCCAAUAGGUAAAUUCACCGUAGCGGCAGAUGACAAAUGGGAAGACGUCUACAACCAGGUUCGCUCGGUGCUGGGCUUGCUGGAAAACAAGCGGCCGGACUCCCAGAAGGCCUGGGCAGCUGUUGCCGUGGCGAUAUCAUCACGGACACGGCAAGAGAAAGACAGGUUGCAUAAGGAUGAACGUAGCAAGGUGGUAGAGGAACUACAGAAGAUACCAAGCAGCGGUCAUAGUAAAGGGAAGAUCACUGAAGAGGACUACAAGGCAAUACAGGAAUACUUGGCUAAGGCCUUUGAUACAUCUCUUCAUCCCCUGGGUAGACUCCUUGAGAACCUGUGUGUAGCCUACCGUGAGACCUACAUAGGCCUGGGCGCUCAUCGUUGGCUACUGCCUUACGCUGUGGAAGAGAUCAAAUCAUACGUCAAGAGGAUAUACCAGCUAGUCCGAGUACUGUUCAACGACCUCCCAAAUGAGCAUCCGAACAAACCAGAAACUCCAGUUCAUGAUCACCACACCUCAGACUUCCACUACUACUAUGACUACAGCGACAGCCAUCCGCCCCCAGCAGUCGAGGCAAAGAUAGCCAAGUCUGCAAGCAAGAACAGGCAGCUGUCUACGGAUGAUAUCACCUGUCAUAUUACGAGUGACGGUCUCCUCUACCCGAUAGUACUACCGCGCUUGUACCCGGCCUUGUUUACUCUCUAUGCAUUGAAGAAUGAGGAGGAAGAUCAACAGUACCAAGACAGAUUGAGAAGACUGAACGAGAGGCCUGAUAUGGCCCUGCUGGCGUACCUCAAAGUGGACCAGAAAUUCUGGCUCUUGGAAGAAGUCGUGAAGGACUCUUUGAAGAGAAUCUCUGAGAUUCGCGAUGUCUCCUACGUCGCGGCGGUGGAGUGCCUGCAGAACAUGAGCACGACGUUCAGCCCGCGCCAGAAGCUCCUCAUCAUCCACACGGCCUGGGAGGCCAUCAAGGAAGCUAUUGAGGUCCACAGCACAGAGAGUGUCACGCUCGGUAUGGAUGAGCUCUUCCCGAUCUUUCAGUACGUGGUGAUUCGUGCAAGGAUACCGCACUUGGGCUCGGAGAUUCAGCUCAUCAAUGACCUGAUGGAGGUCAAGUCUGACCCGGGUCAGUGGGGUCACAUGUUCACGACCCUGGAGGCCUGCUACCUGCUGACAAGAUACGAUAAACUACCCGAGGACUCCCUGCAUUAAAAACGUGCGCUGCGUGCCACCUACAAGCUUCAAUUUCUGUAAAUUCAAAUUUUACUAAACAUGCAAAGAUAUGUGUACUUAGGGGUUAGAUUGGUUUUGUAUUAUAUUAGGGUACAAGAAAAUUGUGGUAAAUUUUUUUCUGCUGCACUGAUGCAAGAGAGGAAAAUCUAACGAAAUGUAAUCAUCUUUGAAUUUCUGUAAUAAAAAAACAUUCUUUGUUAUUCGUUUAUCAGUUCUUCAAGUCCAAGCCAUGUAGUUCUAAUCAAUGUGUUAUGAAAUGUAUUCUUACCCGGCCCAUAAUUAACGCAAUGUACAUGGAGAUAUGAAAUAUUUGUGGCAAGAUUUCACUGAGACACAUUGCUGCAAUACUGUGCCACAGUGGGGUGCUGUGGUCCAAUGGUUACGGUGUUCGACUUGUGUGCCGUGGUACAUGGGUUUGAAUCCUGACCG